AUGGCAACAAUGGCUAAUCAUGAUCGCCAAACCUCACAGCCAACAUGCCAGAACUGCACUACAUCGACCACGCCCCUAUGGCGGCGCGACGACAUGGGCUCUGUGCUGUGCAAUGCUUGCGGGCUGUUUCUGAAGCUGCACGGUCGCCCGCGCCCCAGCUCUCUAAAGACCGAUGUCAUCAAGAGCCGCAACCGAGUCAAGACGAUGCGACCGGACCUAGCCAAGCAGAAGAAGAACCUACCUGCGACCACGGAACCCAAUGCCAAUGGUGCUGACUUGACCGGUGCGAAUAAUGCAGGUCUAGGCGGGCGGAGAACAUCAGGGAAGUCUGCGAACGGCCAUCAAGACGACAUCAACUCCCCCAUUUCGCGAACCGCCACGCCCAGCAUGUAUACCGCCCACGGCAUGCCUCUGUACCAUGGCAUGGAAGAGGCGCAAUUCCAAGCCCAGUCGCUGCAGGGAUUUCCCGUCCCUGGCGCCUCUCCAGGUCGCGCCGCAUCGCCCUUGAACAGCGAUCGCUUCGAGAUCCCGCAAACCCACGAGUCGCUUAUCGCCGCCAACGCGAGCCUGAAGACGCGUGUCAGUGAGCUUGAGGUUAUCCAGGAGCUCUAUCGCGGACGACUUCAACAGUUGGAGACGGACGAGGUCAGUGCGCGGCAAUCGCAGGAGAUCAGUGGUAAGACCGAAGCCCAGCUUCGGUCCCAGCUAGAGAGCGCCACUCAGAUCGAGACACAGCUCCGCAAUGAGCUCGAGGAAAGCCAUCGCCGAGAGAACAUGCUAAAGCGCCGUCUGGACGAACUCGAACUCGAACUUAAGGAGGCGAAGGAGGCGAUUGAAAGCCCCGAUAACGGCAGAUUGGCCAAGAAACCUCGUCUAGACGAGGCGGUAGAAGCUGAGGAUGUCUCGGCCCUGCAAUCUGCGGCAUAG